AAAAGCUGAGAGAGGAAGAAAUGCAGAGUGUUACAUCUCACUGUUCAAGGUUUUAUCUGAGAAUUUAAACCGAUCCAGGAACAAUUUAUGGAACGCUGACGCUCAUCUGAACUAUUGCGUACACAGCCCUAGAGCUGAUUCAGGAUCAGUUAUUGGAUCUCACGAUCGAUUUCAUUACUGCCUGCCUCAGAUAACCUUUGCGGUUCUACUUCCGCGUUACCAUUUUUCAUGAAAAAGCGAUGUGACUAGGACACAGCAUCAUGACACUAAGUUUAACGCCAUUAGUUUCUUACCAGAAUUUGAGAUUACGUAUGCUCAGUCGUGUUGUUUCACAAAUUAAUUUAAAUACUCGCAUAUGCACCUUUGGUACGAUUACUCUAACGCCACUGGGGGGAAAUGGGUGUGCAUAUCCAGUUUCCUCGGUCCGCGGAUCACAUGUACCGGUCAACAGGUCCCUGGCGUGCAGGACACUCCAAAAAAGCCCUUUGCGUUACAGCUACAGAUCAGUUAACUCAAUGCCUCCGCCACCAAAGGCUGGAAACAAGGGGAAAAAAAAGGAUGGGCCAGUGACGUGGAAGUCUUUAGCAGUAACGUUUGCGAUCGGUGGAUCGCUCUUGGCUGGGAUGAAGUACUUCAAGAAGGAAAAGGAGGAACUGAUUGAGAGAGAAAAGACAAGGUCUCUGGGGAAGCCUGCUCUUGGAGGUCCCUUUUCGCUGAUUGACCACAACAAAGAGCCAAAGAAGAGUGAAGACUUCCUAGGCCAGUGGAUCCUGAUCUAUUUUGGCUUCACCCACUGUCCAGACAUCUGCCCAGAUGAGCUGGAGAAGAUGAUAGAAGCUGUCGAUGAAAUUGACAGGAUACCAUCUCUGCCAAACCUAACUCCACUGUUCAUUACAAUUGACCCUGAGAGGGACUCACCUGAGGCUAUUUCAACCUAUGUGAAAGAAUUCUCGCCAAAACUGAUUGGUUUGACUGGGACAAAGGAGCAAGUGGAUGCAGUCUCCCGUGUAUACAGAGUGUACUACAGUCAGGGGCCAAAGGACGAGGAUAACGACUACAUUGUGGACCACACCAUCAUCAUGUACCUGGUUGGCCCAGACGGUGAGUUUGUGGAAUAUUUUGGUCAGAAUAAGAGGAGUGCGGAGAUCUCCGGCAGCAUCGCCUCACACAUGCGGAAGUACAAGAAGGGCAAGUAGGACUGGCCAGAGCCUGCUGCUCUGCAACGUGUUUCCUGUGCGCUGUCACGCACUUCCUGUGAGCUCAGAGACUGCACUUACUUGUUUUCAGCCUAUCAAGAAUCACUCUCGCUUAACAUUUUGUUUUAUUCAGUGUGUCUGAAUUGUUGAAAACGGAAAACAUUCCCACCCUCUCUGUGUAUCAGGUACUGGCAGUAGGAUGAUAAUAUUUUGGUUUUAUGAAGUGUGGGCAGGCAGUAGAUUAUAACUUAUUUUCUUUGGUGUGCUUGUGUUUUCCAUUGGAAGAUUUAGAAUACUUGCUGCAGCUGUUUUUGGCAACUCAUGAACAGUACGUUCUGGUUAUGAUGUACUUUUGUUUUGUCAUAUUUCCUUCCAUUUCAAAAUGAUGCAAAUGAUUAUUUUUUACAAAUCAAUCUCACAAAUGAGGAAGGUGCAUGUCUAAAUGGGGUACCCUGUGGACUGUGGCCUUUCAGCAGAAAUGGGCAAUCUUAAGACGUGACAAUGCCUAAAGUGAUUAAUGUUACUGACUUAAUUCUCACUUAUAACUGCAAAACAGCUGAUUGAGCUUUCUUCACAGAUACCCGCACUUCCUGACUUGUGAGAUCUAGUUUUAUAUUCAGAUUUGAGGUAAUUGGUACUAUAGAAUCACAGUUAGGGGGCAACGGGACUAUCCACACAAAAAAAGAACUUGAAACUGACAAAUGCAUUUCUUCCACAAUAAAAAUGAAAUCCAACCAAUGUCAUUUUACUGCAAAAAAUUAAAAAAUAGGCUGCAAUCAUUAA